GUGUAAUACCUAUUUUGGAGGAACAUCUCAUUCUCUGGAUAUAGCAAAGAUAUUCAACUUCUCUAGUGAAUUUGACAACAGGAAUUUAAGUACCUGAUUAUAUUUGGAACUGGGUCAUCCUUUCUCGGCUACUGACUUGCCGGCAAAAUCCGUCAUCAUACCUCUAUUGCAAACUCAAUUCACGAGUACAAGUGUUCGAGAGAAUAUAAAUGAGAACUGAUCGGGAGUGGAUGUAUAAUAGUCUUACACACGGACAUAGAUUCAUUAAUCCUGAAUUUAUGGUUGGGGUAGAGUCAUUCAUCCAAUAUGCUUGUGAUCAACCAAGAUUUAUGGAUGGUGAUAAAAUAAGAUGCCCAUGUUAUAAGUGUCAAAAUCGAAGGUAUGAAGUGGUUGAUAAUGUGAAGUUGCACCUUCUAAGAAAUGGGUUUACUCAAAAAUUUAUCACUGGGUAUGUCAUGGGGAACCUUUGGUAUAUGCAAAUUGUAGUGAAACUCAGUGCAACUCUUUGAGAUUGCAAGAUGUGGAAGGAUCAAGUUCAUAUAGGGACAUGAUUAUUGAUGCAAUCGGUCCUAACUUUGAUCCAUAUUAUGAUGCAAAUGAAGAGGAAAUACCAAACCCUACAACUCAAAAAUUAUAUGACAUGCUUAAUACAGGAGAAGAACCUUUAUGGCCUGGAUGUGAAUCGCACACUCAAUUAUCUGCCGUUGCAAGAUUAUUAACAAUAAAAUCUGAGUUUCACAUGUUAGAGAGGUGUUAUGAUGCUGUAUUGCAAUUUAUGAAAGAAGCAUUACCAACUAGUAAUAAGUUGGUUGAUAACUUCUAUAAUACGAAGAAAUUUGUUGCUGGCUUGGGUCUUCCAUGUGAGAAAAUACAUUGCUGCAUAAAUGGAUGCAUGUUAUAUUGGGGUGAAGAUAGUGACAGAAGAAGUUGGAAGGUUUGUGACCAUCCUCGAUAUAAAAGUGGGAAGAAAGGCAUAGGGAAUCACAAAGAUUAUUCACCAAAUCAAAAGAUGUAUUAUUUUCCUCUGACGCCUAGGCUACAAAGAUUGUAUGCUUCAAAGGUGACGGCGAAGGAUAUGAGGUGGCACAAAGAGCAUGAUAAAAAAGAUGGCAUGAUUUGCCAUCCUUCUAAGGCUGAAGCAUGGAAGCAAUUUGAUCUCAUUCAUCCGCUUUUUGCAUCAGAGGCUCGAAAUGUAAGACUUGGGUUAUCUACUGAUGGGUUUCAACCAUUUGGACAAUCAGGCAAGCAAUAUUCUUGUUGGCCUGUUAUUAUCACACCAUACAAUUUGCCACCUUGGAUGUGUAUGAAGGACCCUUAUAUGUUUUUAACUGUUAUUGUACCCGGUCCCAAAAACCCAAAGCAGAAGUUAGAUGUGUACUUGCAACCAUUAAUUGCAGAGCUAAAAUAUUUGUGGAAUGUUGGAGUACAGACAUAUGAUGUGUCCAAGAAACAAAAUUUUCAGAUGAGAGCUGCACUCAUGUGGACCAUUAGUGAUUUCCCAACUUUUGCAAUGCUAUCAGGAUGGAGUACAGCAGGCAAAAAAGCUUGUCCAUAUUGUAUGGAUAAAUCAAAGUCUUUUAGCCUUGUUAAUGGUAGUAAGGUUUCAUGGUUUGAUUGUCAUCGGCAAUUCCUACCUACACAUCAUCCUUUUAGAAGAAACAAAAAUGAUUUUCUAAAGAACAAGAUUGAAGAGUCACUACCCUCCUACUAA